GAUAGUCGUGAUGAAGACGAGGAACAGAAUCAAGCCACGAAGAUGAAAACAGGAAGAAGGGGCUGGGAUAGUCGUGAUGAAGACGAGGAACAGAAUCAAGCCACGAAGAUGAAAACAGGAAGAAGGGGCGUGGAUAGUCGUGAUGAAGACAAGGAACGGAAUCAAGACACGAAGAUGAAAACAGGAAUCAGGGACCGGGAUAGUCGUGAUGAAGACGAGGAAGUGAAUCACACAGACAAAGAAAACGCGGAGGAGACGGCGGGCGACGACAAAGAAAAUGCUGAAUACAAGAGAGGCGAGAAGGAGCCCUCUCACGUCGCCAUGGAAUGGGACAGCGAUUUCCAUGAGGGUUUCGAACAAGCUCUUCUCAAGCACGAACGGACGAAGGAAGCAAAAAGAUUGGAUAGCUUGGUUGACAGAAAAAAGAAACAGUAUGGCAAUGCAUCUAGAGCAAUUUCUUCAUCAGUUCGCGAAGACAGAAGACGGGCGCCAGUGAGCUCGAGAAACGGAAAACCCAGGCAGCGGGAAAGCGAGGCGACCGACGAUCCUGUUUCGGCUGCCAGAUCGACUUCCAAGGGCAGCGAAGCCGCGACGAGAUCGCCGCACAGGAGAGGGGGCUCUCAGGACACCAGAGGAAGGCGAAGCUCAGGAGGACCCGACGGGGAUGAUCCUGAGUUCAGACCACAGGACUUGGCGAAGUUUCUGGGGCGGCAAGACGGCUUUCAAGCACCCGUGGGCGACAUGAGAGAUAGUUUCUCUUGGCAAGUAAAUCGGGCAUUAGCAAGCCUCCCUCAUAUCUUUUGUAUGAAGAAUGAGAGGAUGAAGCUGCGGCCAAAGAUCAGAGUCUGCUCUGCCUAUACGUCGCGCAGAGGGUGCAUUGACCGGGCAUCAUGCUUUAAAAUUCAUAUCUGCUCCGGCUUUGUUUUUGGCGAUUGUGCGUUGGAAAACUGCAGCAUGGGGCAUAGAUUGCGCACGAACCAUAAUAUCAAGGCAAUCCAAGCUUUUUAUCUAGAGUGUCUAAGUGAUAGUCAAUUGUGUCGUCUUAUAAAAAUGAAUGAAGUGGCAUUGCAGCGGGAAACUACCCAACGGCAUCUCGAUGUAUGUAGGGAUUACAGUAAGGACAGAUGUAAUAAGAGCUGUGGUGCCCUGCACAUCUGCCUCGAUUUUGUUAUUGGACUGGGUGAUUGUUCGAGGCCAAAGUGCCCGCUGAGUCAUGAACUCUUCAGCUCGGAAAACUAUAAACUAUUGCACCAUUAUGAUUUUGACUGUACAGAAAACCUCUGGAAGACACUGACUGCCAUCAUUUGUAGAAAUCCUCGCCUUCAGCAGAUGCAAGAAAACGCUGCCUACCACAGAAAGCACAUCAGACCUCGCGAUAAGUACCCGAAUUCUCCUCAUAGAGACUGUUCACGUGAACAAGCAGAGCAUUGGGGCCGCGUCCGAAAAAAGUAGGAACAUCAAUCGCAUCACUGAGACAAGCAGAACUAAUGUAUGGACUCACCUUCCUAAGGGAUCCCCCCAAAUCCCAGAGAUAUGCUAAAAGUCAGUGUCACGGACUUGUAAAGUUACUGGUUGCCCGAGACUCCAUUCAAAGAUUCACUUUCAUUGGCAAGUGAUUAAAGAUAUUGACACUUGGUAUAACUUCCCUGAGAAGCAUGUUAUUUUUCUGGAAGAACAAUUCUGCAAUCCUGAAAAUAACCUGAUUAUCCUGCAACGACUCGAUGAUUUCUGCCAUGACAAAGGCCUAUUAUCAUUACUGAAAUGCCACCCUUGGAAAAUAGACUUCAAUUACACGCAGUGGGGUAAUAAUUGUGCAUAUAUUCCCAUUGUCUGUCAAGCCAAGGAAUAUCACAUCCGGAGACUUUGCACCGAGAGAAAUCCGAAGCAGAAACUAAAAGCAAACAUAUUAAUUUGGUAUUUCCAAAAGGACUCGCAGAAAUGGCGUCCGUUCGACCUUACUAACAAUAGGAGACUGGAAAAUGCUUACCAACAGAUUCCGGAUAGAAAUAUUACAAUGCAGACCAGCCUCGCCGAGUACAUAGUGGAUUUCAGCAAAAUGAAUCAGAAAAAUGUAUCGACAAAUAAAAUACGAGAUAUACGGCGCAGACCACUUACAUGUUAGUGAGAAAGAGAAGGAAAAUCUAUGCUUAUGAAUGCUCAGAUGAGGAACAAAGUAACCCCUUUCAUGCAUCUUAAAUUGGUGUGAGCGAUGUGGUAUAUAUGAUUCUAACUGGAGUAAUUUAUCGAUAAUGUUAGAAAACGAAACAGCAUUGGUUCUGCGCCUUAUAUUUUUUUUUUUUUUUUUUUUUUUUGAAUUGUAGGAAAUAACAUACGUUCCACAGCAAGUUUUACUAUAGGCUAUCCCCACUGCUAGAAUUUGUGUAUUUUUUCUACUCUAAAGAUAUAAUUUAAGUAAUUGUGAUUUAUGUCUUAUCAAUAUAUUUUGUUGGCAUUGGUAGUAGUAUAAUUUGAUUUUGUUAUCUUUUCUGUCUUUGAAUGAAAAAAUUAACAAUAAAUACA